AUGCCGCAUGCAGGACAGCUUCGAUACCAUGAUUUUUCCAAGUUGCGGGAAUUGUACGGCAAUCGAUUGAGCCACAACAGGAAUACUCCUUCUAGUAAUGUCCAUUGGUUUCCUCGGGUGUCGGUUUCCGUGAGACCCUUUCACUCGGCUCUGCAAACCAGUACUGGUAUCAGUACCAAGAGCAGUAGCUUGUACCAUGCCAAGAGCAGCAGUUCAAGUUCCAGUCGAUCCUUCUUUAGUGGCACGCCCAAAUUUUUGGUGGAUCUCAAGCUCAAGAACUUGGAGACUGCGGCGAAUGCUGCGCCCAACGACGCCACUGCGCAAUACGCCUUCUUGCACGAACUGGCCAAGCACUACCCCAGCGUUGUCGUCGAGAGAAUGACAAAUCCAAGCUUUUCCAAUUUUGCCGUCAAUACACCAUCUGUCAUUCUUUUGCUGCAGGCUGCGCAACACACAGAGUCUUUUCGACAAAUCGAUGUACGUGCUCUCAUUCAUCGACUACUCAAGACUCAAGAUGCAAACAAUUCCAUGCCACCACAGCAAAGAGAGGCUCUUCAGCAACUUCUUCAACACCAGAUACAAGUCAAACCCAGUAAACCAGAACAAGUACACCAGCUUCACGCCAUUCUUAGCCCGGGAAUUAUGAGUGCUCCUGCCGGAGCUGGCGGCCAACCAUGGCAUUCAGCAGGCGGAGGAGUCCUGAGAGGAACCGAUCCAAAGUAUCCCCUUCAUGUGGAAAUGCAUCAAUCCACAUCGGUCAAGGCGGCAUUGUUGGGAUUGCUUGGACGCGUUGUUGUCACACUCGUCGUCGUAUCGGCAUUGGGGGCCAUGCUAGACGAAAAAGGACUCGGAAAAGCGGUAGGAAUGAACCAAAACAGCAAACAUAUACAAGAAGCUGAGCAACCCGUACAAGUCAGAUUCGCAAACGUAAAGGGAGUCACCGAAGCCAAGCAGGAAUUGGAAGAAAUUGUGCACUACCUCAGAGAUCCUUCCAAGUUCACGCGCCUCGGCGGAAAGCUUCCUCGGGGAUUGCUCCUCACUGGACCGCCUGGCACUGGAAAGACGCUAUUGGCCAAAGCCAUUGCCGGUGAAGCCAAUGUGCCCUUCUUCUUCAGCAGCGGCUCGCAAUUCGAAGAAGUUUACGUUGGAUUGGGCGCAAAGCGUGUCCGGGAACUUUUCGAAGCGGCCAAAAAGAAAAGUCCGGCCAUUAUAUUCAUUGAUGAAAUCGAUGCCAUUGGAGGAACACGACGGCUCAAGGAUCAGUCCGCGCUCAAAAUGACACUCAAUGAGCUACUCGUGCAGCUUGAUGGUUUCGAUGAAAACAACGGAAUUAUCGUCAUUGGAGCCACAAACUUUGUGGAGAGUUUGGAUGCCGCUCUAUUGCGACCAGGACGAUUCGACAAACACGUUACUGUGCCAUUGCCAGAUGUAGGCGGACGCAAGGAAAUUCUGGAACUAUACGCAAGCAAAACCAAACUGGACAAGGACGUUGAUCUCAACAUUCUUGCACGAGGUACCACUGGCUUUAGUGGGGCCGAUCUGUUCAAUCUCAUGAAUCAAGCUGCACUCAAAGCAAGUGUCGAUGGACUGAACGCAAUCAACAUGCACGUGCUAGAAUUUGCAAAAGACAAAAUCCUCAUGGGAGCCGAACGGAAAACUGCCGUCAUCACCAAAGAAACGGCGAGAUGUACAGCCUACCACGAAGCAGGUCAUGCACUCGUGGCAACACUCACUGAAGGGGCCCUCCCCAUUCACAAAGCGACUAUCAUGCCAAGAGGAAAUUCAUUAGGAAUGGUCACGCAGUUGCCUGAAGGCGACCAAACAUCACAAUCACUCAAGCAGAUGCUCGCCACAAUGGAUGUGAUGAUGGGAGGACGAGUCGCAGAAGAAGUCAUCUUUGGAGCUGACAAUGUCACCUCCGGUGCAAGCAGUGAUAUAAUGCAAGCAACACGUAUUGCCAGAGCCAUGGUGACCAAGUUCGGCUUUAGUGAACAGGUUGGAAUUGUCUACCAUGGCGGUGCCACCGGUGAAGAGCACGCAUCCGAUGAAACACGGGCUAAUAUCGAUGCGGAAGUUAAAAAGUUGACGGACGCUGCGUAUCAACGCGCAACGGCAUUGCUGACAAAGUAUUCCAAACAGCACCAGCUGUUGGCUCAGACGUUGCUGGAAUAUGAAACUUUGACUGGUGAAGAAGUACGGGAUCUGAUCAAGAAAGGAAAGAAACCGGGGAGGCCAGUCAUCAAUAAAGCUGGAGGAAGCAGAGGUGAUACCAGUGUCUUGGGCAAAGAUAAUCAAAGUGAGGACGGGAAGAAUGAAAAGGGUUCUCGAUUGCCUGGCUUUGGUCAAGACAGACAUUGA